AUGCUGAACUCUGGGAAUGUUCUACCUGUCAAGAUCCAUCCUCCUCUUUUGAGGCCGAUGGCAUACCGGGUUCUGUCGAAGAAGUACGGUUUGAACAUUAAAUCUGAUGGUCUGGUGGCGUUAGCUGACGUGGUUGGCAGCAUGUUUGGGAUGCAUUGGAAGAAGAACGCAGAUACCGUGCGGUUUCUGGAGACAUUUGCGUUGGUUUGGAGGCAGCAAGAGCGGGGCCUUUUCGUGGAUGAGCAAGGUGUGGCAGAUGUGGUGAAUGAGAUGAAGGAACGAGAGCGGGCUAAUGAGCCUGUACCCGUGGUGGAGUCUACCAACAAAGUUCGAAAUGUCACCAUUGAUGGCAUGCUUGUCAAGGACACUCAGCGAGUGUCAGAAGGGGAAUCAGAAGCUGCAGUUUUGGUGGAGGACUCUGAGCAACAGGCAAGCAGUGUUAGCGAUCUCGCAAACGAUCAAAUUGCCAACGAGGAGCACCUCGACUGGAGAAACUACUUUAAGGUAAUCAAUGCGGCAGAUCAGGCCAAAGUUUCGUACGAUCCGGUGAAGUUGACAUUCGUCUUUACGCCCGCUAGACGCGACCACAACAGCGACUUUGGAGCAUCGCUAGCUAGUCGAAUAUGUGAUACAAACGCCAGUGCAAGAGUGUUUCCCAAUAGGUUCCAUUUGGUCCGGAAUAAAGUUAUGAGGAAUGAAAAUUUCCAGGACAUGGACGACUUCAAUCCUCUAUCUUCGAUUGUGGCGAUACAGCGGGAUCUUGACAAGUCUUCGGCAAGUGUCUCGGCAGCCAUGUCGAUAACCCAGAUUAAAAACCUGUUGGGACGUGACGGACAGAAUUUUCUGUUGCUUGGCCUGCUAAGCCGAAACUCUAAAGGACACUGGUGUAUGGAAGAUCCCUCAGGUUGCAUAGAAAUUGAUAUCAGCCAGACAUUGCCAACGGGCGGAUUAUAUUACGUACCAGGCUGCAUUGUGCUAGUGGAGGGAAUAUACUUUACUGUGGGCAACAAAUUCCAUGUCUCAUCUAUCACGCACCCACCAGGCGAAAAGAGAGAGCAAACUCUCGAAGCGAUUGGAAAUCUCGAUUUGCUCGGAUUGCAUGGGCAGACAAGCUCUAACUAUAUCUCUAGGCUUGACAAUGAACUGAAAAUUAGACUGUAUUACCUUGAGAAAGAGUUGACAGAUCACCGAAUAGUGCUCCUUGGUGGUGACAUCUUUCUGGAUGAGAUGGACACAAUGCAGGCUCUUAGAAAGGUGCUGACUCCCCUCGAUGAUGACCCUCCAACAAUGAUAGUUUUCCAUGGCUCAUUCACAGCAGUGCCUGUUCACGCUUCAAUGAAUAGUAAGAAUAUUAGUUCAACAGUCCAGUAUAGGAAUAAUUUCGAUGAACUAGCAGAUCUCAUAUCACAGUUUGAAAAUAUUGCUGAGGCUUCAACACUCGUUUUUGUACCUGGAGUGAACGACGCCUGGGGCUCGAUGGUUUCCAUGGGAGCCGCGCAUAUCUUACCACAGCAACCUGUGCCAUCGCGGUUUACACAUAAGCUGAGGAAAGUAUGCAGGAAGAUAAUAUUUGCCUCGAAUCCAGCGAGAAUGGCGUAUCUAUCGCAAGAAAUAGUGAUUAUUCGAGAUGAUAUUACAGAAAGAUUCAAGAGGCAUAGCGUACCGUUCCCCAUGGAGAUUCUGGCUCAGUCACACGAUAAAUCAGCAAACCCGGAAGUAACUGCAAUCCGGCAGCUAAUCAAGGCAGACGAUCAGCUACCAAUGAAGGUCCGGGAAUCUCGAAAAUUGGUCAAGACUGUACUAGACCAGGGGCACUUGUCACCGUUUCUAACGUCAAUUAGGCCGAUAGCGUGGAGCAACGACAAUGCACUGACUUUGCAUCCUAUACCAUCAACGCUAAUAUUCUGCGACACAACAGCCCCACGAUUUGAUCUAACGUAUAAUGGCUGCAAGGCAUUGAAUCCUGGUAAGUUUAUGAUCGGCAGAAGAGCCAGAUAUAUCGAGUAUAACCCCUCAAUGAAGAAGGCUUCCAUGGAAGAAGUUUUCUUUUAG